GUGACGUCACUGUGUUUGAUCGCGUCUGGUCUGCACUGAUGUGAGAGUCAGUCAGUCAGUUAGCCAGCCUUUUAUUUUCACUCUCUUUAAAUAUGGUCUAAAUACAAAAUCAUGAAUCUCCGUGGUGUUUUUCAAGAUUUCAACCCCAGUAAGUUCCUGAUCUAUGCAUGCUUGCUGCUCUUCUCUGUACUGCUGUCACUGAGGUUAGAUGGCAUCAUCCAGUGGAGCUACUGGGCGGUGUUUGCACCCAUCUGGCUCUGGAAACUCAUGGUCAUCAUUGGGGCAGCUGUGGGCACUGGGGUGUGGGCUCAUAACCCACAAUACAGGGCUGAAGGAGAGACCUGCGUGGAGUUUAAGGCCAUGCUGAUCGCUGUGGGCAUCCACCUGCUCCUGCUCACCUUUGAGGUUCUGGUGUGUGACCGUGUGGAAAGGGGUUCACACUUCUGGCUUUUAGUCUUCAUGCCUCUCUUCUUCGUCUCGCCAGUUUCUGUGGCAGCGUGUGUGUGGGGAUUCAGACACGAUCGAUCACUUGAGCUGGAGAUUCUCUGCUCUGUAAAUAUUCUGCAGUUCAUUUUUAUCGCAUUACGACUGGAUAAGAUCAUCAGCUGGCCGUGGUUGGUGGUGUGCGUGCCGUUGUGGAUUCUCAUGUCCUUCUUGUGUCUGGUCGUGCUCUAUUACAUCGUCUGGUCAGUGCUCUUCCUGCGCUCCAUGGAUGUUAUUGCUGAGCAACGGCGUACUCACAUCACCAUGGCGCUCAGCUGGAUGACCAUUGUUGUGCCCCUGCUUACCUUUGAGAUUCUCCUUGUCCACAAGCUGGAUGGUCAUUAUAACUCCAACUACGUCCCAGUGUUUGUGCCUCUCUGGGUGUCUUUGGUAACUCUAAUGGUGACCACGUUUGGUCAGAAAGGAGGCAAUCACUGGUGGUUUGGAAUUCGCAAAGACUUCUGCCAGUUUCUCCUUGAACUUUUCCCCUUCCUAAGGGAAUAUGGCAACAUCUCCUACGAUUUACACCAUGAGGAUUCUGAUGUGUCCGAAGAGAUGCCCAUUCACGAAGCACCAAAAAUCGCUCCAAUGUUUCGCAAAAAGAUGGGCGUGGUGAUCACCCAAAGUCCUGGCAAAUACUUUGUGCCACCGCCCAAACUGUGCAUCGACAUGCCAGACUAACAUUCAGACCUUGGUCAUCGUUUGACUGUUCAUGAACAGUGAGAAAAACAUAGCACUAUGCACUGGGGUCCACUUCAGGACGCACCGUUAAAGAAGAGAAAUGUAAUCCUGCUACAAAGAUGCUUCUUCUGAGCUCCUGUUUGUUGAGCUAAGCUCAAAUCGAGCGGAUAUCUAUUUGACUCUUCUUAGCCAUUUUGUAUUUGUAAAUCAUAGCCUUGUGUUUCAAUCUCAGUAAACUCCAGCUGCAUAGAUGGGACCUAUUUCCCUCAGGAGUGGAUUGUUUGAACUUUUCGGACAACUCUGUCGAUGAACUUGCAAAGAGACAUUCUCAUCUGUAGAUAAAAGCGUGGUUUUUUAUGGCCAGGUGGAGAUGUCUUUUUAUUGGAUUUCAAAUCCAUAUAUACCGUAGUCUGUCAGAUAUUCAUCUGUCAGUCCUAACUAGCAUCUAAUUUGCACCAACUAGCUUUGUUGAUGUUUGCUCUUAUACUGCAGUAUAUUUCUCGCAAUAUGUGGCAGUCCUUCAUUUUCACUGUGAUUGCAGCUUUUAGGGUUGAAGAAAGUCGUUCAUAUAAAAAUCUUUUUAAGCAGUUGAUGUCAACUUGAUAGGCUGCUAUCAUAUGUGAAAGAAGCUUUCCAAUGAAAAUGGUUGGUCAAGGUUGUGGUCUUCUGUUUUUUUCAGUUUUAACUAGGACUCCCAAACUUGUGGACAAACUGUAAUUGGACUUCGGGAUGGGCCACAGGAGUACAGUAUAGUUUCAUACAGUUUAAUCAAAUAGACCCUGUAUUGUGAAAUUGGUACAUAAUUAUUCAUCUGUCUUUGUGUGAGAUAAUAAUAACCACUACCUGACAGGACCUGUUAUUACUGUGUAUUUCCUAGCAAGGUAGAACCAUGAAUUGAGUUGGCAUUUUACAGUAACCGUAAGCACUGAUUUUGGACCAACUCAUUUGGACCCAUUUAGUGUAAAAUGACUAAAUGAAACAUUUUAAUCCCUUUUUAAAUUUAUUCAAUUGUUUAUUCAGGUGUUGCAUUACAUUUCCCAUCCUAUCUAAAUCAGAAAAGUUUUGUUUCAGAACAUCUUCGUAGCUGUCAUGCCAGAGAAUAAGACAUUUGCUUUGGUUCAGUGGCUGCUUUUUAGGAGACAAAUAAUUUAGCCCCUUUCUCAGCUGGUCUGAGUAAACAGCCAUAAUGUAUCUUUGUAGAUGUGGACCAAUAUCACAGUUUUACAUGUCCCCCAAAGUACACAUUCACCAUUCGUCGUUCAUUGUGUCCAUUCCUUUGUAAAGGCAAGACAUACUGUAGCUUUCAACAGUGCCUCUCAUUAAAAUCUCAUUUGUUAUGGAAAUGUUGUAUGAUUUUUUUUCACUUUAUUUUUGGUGAUCAUUUAAUGUUGUCAAAUUUAGAGUUUCUCACAAAAUUAUUCAAUGUAAUAAUUAUUGUUAAUUUUAUGACAUAAAAAAG